AAUAAUGUGAUAUGUGUGAAGUAAUUCCGUGCAUUCGUACGAGCACACGAGCAAGCGCAUGUCCGCAGAAAAAAAACAUAAUUGAUUUUUUAUAAUUCAUCAUGAUUACGAUACAAACAAGUGUAAAGAGACGUGAAGUCUCAUUCUCAUCACUUGAGGUUAUAUAUAUAUUGUCUCGGAUGUUGCCUCCGAGAAUCAUUAUGUGUGGGACUUAUGAAAUGGCAUUAUUUCGCAGAUUUGAAUUGCGUUAGCUGGACGUUACAUAGAUUAUUGGUACCAAUUCUCCUCUUUCAUCAUGAUCAAGGAAAAAAUGGAAGUACAUGAAAAUCGUGCGAAAAGGCAGUCGUGCCGUGAAUUUUGGCACAGCCUACCAGAACGUAUAUCUAGAACGGUGGAACAUUUCUUUUAUCGACUCGGAGUACACAUCGCUCAAAAUCCAUACAAAUGGAUGCUCGGAUGUCUCUUGGUGAUAUCAGUCUGUAUUCUAGGCCUGUUACGUUUUAGACAAGAGAAAAAUCCUAUUAAUCUUUGGGUACCACCAGGCACUGAUUUUGUUACAGAUACCCAAUGGCUAAUGUCACAUUCUUUGGAAUCUCUGCGAAUGCAAACCUUUAUGCUAACUGGAGAUAAUGUAUUGGAACAACAAGCACUUAUCAGGUUAAAUGAGAUCACUAAACAAAUGAUUUUUGUUCGGACACCAGCUGAGAACAUUUCUUGGACAGAUGUUUGUAUGAAAAUUCCCAUUGUCAAUGAUCCUGUGUUCAGAAGUAAAAGACAAACUUCUCUGGAGGACAAUUUUUUUGAUGACGAUUUCACUGAAGUUGAUCAACCAUUUGAGCCUUCGGUUCAUGUAGAUAAUAACAUGUAUUGCAGCAUAGUUGAGAGCUUACCUAAGGGUUGCCUUUUGUUUAGUAUCUUAGAUAUAUGGAAUUUUGAUAGUGCUAAAAUUGAAAGAGAUACCAUAGAAGAAAUUAUCACAAAAGUAAAUACAGUAAAAGUGAGUCCCACAUUGGGCCAUGCUGUAAAUUUCAGUGAGUUUUUGGGAAACGUAACUCUAGAUGAGAGAGGUAGAAUUAUUGCUGCGACAGCUAUAAGGACUCAUAUGAUGGUUCAUGUUAAUUUCUUCAAUGUGGACAUGGAUAAACUUGGAAACAUGGCAGGAACUGCUGAUUGGGCAACAGAUGAGGUAUUGAAAUGGGAAUUAGCUUACUUGGAAAAUAUUAAAAAUUUUUCAAACCAACUGGAAAGUGAGAGAAAUACAAAUAAUUCAUUGACGCUUUAUUACGAAGCUGGUAGAAGUUAUGGAGAUAUCUCUAGUACAUCUAUGUUUCAAGAUAUAGAUAAAUUAAUUGUAGGAAUUUUAUUAAUGUUUUUGUAUGUCUUAACAAUUUUGUCGAAUUACAAUUGGGUGGAAUGGCGGUUUUGUCUUACUAGUACUGGUCUUUUAUGCGUGGGUGGUGCAUUUAUACUUGCGGUAGGGCUAUGCUCUCUGAUUGGAAUCCCGUACGGUCCGGUGCACACCUCGUUGCCAUUUAUGCUCUUGGGUCUAGGCAUAGACGAUAUUUUUGUAUUUAAUGCAUCUUGGAAGAAAAUACACACAGAUGAAUCAAAUUUAAAUAAGCCAUUAACAGAAAGAAUCGGCCUCGCGUUAGGUCAUGCUGGUUCUGCUAUCACUAUUACCUCGCUUACCGACGUCGUGGCAUUUAUCAUCGGUGCUUCUACAAUAUUACCGUCACUUCAGUCAUUUUGUAUCUACGCUGCAGUCGGUGUUUUUGUGACAUAUUUACUACAAACCACUUUUUUCAUUGCUUGUUUUACCUUGGACUCUAAGAGAAUAGAACUAAAAAGAAAUGGAAUCUUACCGUGUAUCGUGCAUGAAAACUUUACACCCAAGGUAUCAGAUGCGAGCGAUGAAAUUUCCUGGAAAUUUAUAAAUUUUCUGUACUCGAGGAUAGUAUUGACCACUCCUGGAAAAAUUAUUAUAAUAUUAAUUACUCUUAUAACGAUAUCUACAAGUAUUGUAGGUUUGCUUCAACUAAAACAAUGGUUUGAUCCAAAGUGGUUGUUGCCAGAAGAAUCAUACUUAUCUCAAUUUUUAAAAAUUGAAACUCAAGUAUUUCCUAAUCUAGGAUUUGAAGCUUUUGUUCUUAUGGGAGAUGAUAUUGAUUAUUCCUCUGAAUUUUCUAAAAUAAUAUAUCUAACAGAACGUUUUCAGAACGCAUCUUUUACGCAGAAAAUAGAACCUUGGCCGAUUAAUUUCGCAAAAUUUGUAUCGACAUAUUAUGCUACAGAUUUAAAAACUACCAAGAUCACAGAUGACAAAUUCCAUCUUUAUCUAUCGAAAUUUCUUUUUAGUCGAGCUGGUGGUAAAUAUCAGAGGAAUUUCUUUUUCAAAGAAAAGCUCAGAUGUGGUAAAAAUGCUCCACGGAUUGUAGUAGCAACUAUUGACUUCAACUUUAGACUCUUUAACAAUCCUGACAAAUGGAUUCCAGCGAUGGAUAAUAGUAAACUCCUAUCGAAAGAAGCACAAAUUCACGGAUAUGUGACAGUGUGGUGUAAAAUGUUUGCACCAUGGACUACCAAUAAACUAAUCAGUCAGGAAGUACUGCGAAACAUCAUCCUAGCAUUAGUUUGCGUUAUGGGUACUACAGCGUUUCUCAUCGCCGAAAUGCAGACUUGUUGUUGGAUUUUACUUUGUGUACUUCUCACGUUGCUAAACGUGUGCGGCUUCAUGUAUUUUUGGGGACUAACGAUAGAUGUGGUAUCCUGCAUUGGUCUCGAGUUGGGCGUCGGUUUAAGUGUGGAUUAUGCUGCACACGUCGCACAUGCUUUUCUAAAUGCUGAAUCGCGAGAAGACGACAAUAAUGCUCGCAGAACUCGAGCGUUAAUCGCGGUCAGACACAUCGGUGCAGCGGUUGCAUAUGGCGCAGGUUCGACACUUCUCGCCGUAUCGAUGUUGGCUUUCUCGUCUUCUUACGUAUUCACCGUCUUUUUCCGGAUAUUUAGCCUAGUAAUUUUAUUCGGACUCUGGCAUGGAUUGUUUCUAUUACCGGUCGUAUUAAGCAGUAUUGGACCACAAAGUUUACGCGUGACGCAACAACCACAACCCAUGUCCGAGAAAGCCAUUACUGCGACCGAUGAUGAAGAUUGAAACAAAAAUAUAAAUAGUUUACUUAGGCAAUGCUCUUUCUUUAUCAAUAAUAUUUAUUUUUGGUUCAAUAAACAUACAAAAUUAUUACACUAUCCGUACUAUUAAUCACACAUUUAUACAAAAAUAAUAAUUAAUAAUAAUAAUAAUUAUAAUAAUAGUCUGAUAA